CUGUGACAUUGGUGUUUAUGUCGGAGAUGUGAGGUUCAUGCAGAGUCCAUGUCUGCACCAGGAUCAGUGCGCAGACAGAUCUCCAAACCAAACGAGCCUCCUGGAAGGAUCCGUGGCUGAGGCGCACAAGUCCAAACCUGCUGAUCAACUCCACACUUCCGUCCUCAUUCCACACCGAGGAGCCGGGCUGAAGAUGGCUCCAGAAACAGCAGCCUGGUUCUUCUUGGAGAUGUCCUCCUCCUCCUCCUCCUCCUCUUCCUCCUCCUCCACCCUGCAGCUGAUCCACGUAAGGCCAUGGGAGGUCCGGAGAUCCACCCGACCCAACUGACCGAUCACCUCCACACCAGACACAGAAGCAGGGAGGAGGCGUCAUGGCUUCGGCUCACCAGAAAAUGAAGGCGCUCUGCAUGAUGAUGAUGAUGCUCAACGUCUUCAUCUGCGUCCUGGUGGGCGUCACGUGGAACCACGGCGACGACAAAAGCGUUAACCAGAGGGUUCGAAUCCCAUCCGCAAAGUUUUGGCACAAGCAGGAACGGAGCAAAUCCUUCUGGAACAAGGAGCAGCAGCUUCUGGACUUCAUUCACAACCCGGUCAUCAACUUUGCCACGUCCGACGAGUCUCUUGUCGAGCUGCCUGAUUGGCUGAAUGACACCGGGCCGCUUGACCCCUGCGAACCGGACUACAGGGUCACCACGCAAAUCGCGGACUACAAUACCCUGCCGCAGCGCUUCCAGGAUUUCCUCUUGCACAUGCGCUGCAGGACGUAUCCGAUGCUGAUAAACCAGCCACGAGUUUGUGACGGGAAACCUUUCCUGCUGCUGGCGGUCAAGUCACUGAUCCCACAUUUUGACCGGCGGCAGGCCAUCCGAGAGACGUGGGGUCGGGCGGGCGUCCUGGCCAACCGCACCGUGGCGACGGUGUUCCUGCUCGGCAACACAUGGUCACCGGACCACUUCCCAGACCUGCAGGGGAUGCUGGACCACGAGGCGGAGCUCCACGGAGACCUCCUGCAAUGGGACUACAGGGACUCCUUCUACAACCUGACCCUGAAGGAGGUCCUCUUCCUGGAGUGGUUCGGCCAGAGCUGCCCCCACGCCAGGUUCGUCCUCAAGGGCGACGACGACGUCUUCAUCAACACGCCGCGAGUCAUUAACCUCCUCGAAGGCCUGACGGAGAGCAAGGCCAAGGAUUUGUUCGUAGGCGACGUCAUCAGUGACGCCGGUCCACACCGAAACCGGAAACUCAAGUAUUUUGUCCCGGAGAGUGUGUUUGUGGGGCAGUACCCGGCGUACGCGGGAGGUGGAGGGUAUCUGUACUCGGGGGAGUUGGCGCUACGCCUCUACAACACAUCUCGGCGGGUCGUCUUGUAUCCCAUCGACGACGUCUUCACUGGGAUGUGUCUGAUGAAGCUAGGCCUGGCUCCAGAGAAGCACAGCGGCUUCAAGACUUUUGAUAUCGAGGAGAAGCACAGGGAAAACCCGUGCAUCUACCGGAUCCUGAUGCUGGUCCACAGCCGCACGCCUCAGGAGGUGUUGAGGAUCUGGUCCUGGAUUACCGAUCCGGAGCUGGACUGCCAGUGAAGCACCUUCAUUCAUCUUUUGUUUUGAUUUCAACACCUUUUUUUUUGAAAGAUUAUAAACUUUGGUUAAAACACUGCGCUCGUCGUUGUUGCUUCUUUUCCCAGUCGUCCAAUCACAGUUGAGGAGGGGCGGGACAAGUGUUUUUAUUAUGAGUUCGCUGUGGUCUUAUUUUGUAUGUGUUUAUGUUGUUUUUAUGGUUUAUAAUGUGGUCUUUAUGGGGUCAUCAUGUCUGAAGAAC